GCCAACAGAGGCGAACAGACCGCGUCGCGACCGCGCCCUGUUCCCGAGUGUUCGUCCGUCCGUCUGUCGUCGGACAGUGGCCAACGUGGAUCUACGGGGUGUCCCGACUGCAGCUGCCCCCACGGGCAUCCGCGGGAGACUGCUGCUCGCACAGCCCGCCAGACUGUUCCAGGGGGCACAGAACAGAUUCAGGGAGACAGGUUAAACCGAACCGGAUGGCACUGCGCUUCCCCCUUCCACCACACGCCCGCUGAACCCCGGGACCACUACUGACCACCUGGAGCACGGACCUUCCACGAAGAUGGCGUCCACGCACAUCCCCAUCAUCAACAUGGAGCUGGGGGAGCUAAAAGAGGUCAUCUGGACCAAGGUGCAGGAGCCGCGCACUCAGCGCAAACUAGUGCUGGUAAUCGUCUCCAUAGCGCUGCUGCUGGACAACAUGCUGUACAUGGUCAUAGUGCCGAUCAUACCCGACUACCUCAGAUACAUCGGGGCCUACGAGGAUUUUCCCGAACCGGUGGUAAACGCCAGCUAUCCACCAGGUACCCCGGUGAUUCACGACCACCAUGGGCAGGACUCGGCUACCGGCAUCCUCUUCGCGUCCAAGGCCAUCGUCCAACUGAUGAUCAACCCGUUCUCGGGAGCGCUGAUCGAUCGCAUAGGUUACGACAUCCCGAUGAUGAUCGGCCUGACGAUCAUGUUCCUCUCCACCGCGGUGUUCGCCUGCGGCCGCUCCUACGGACUGCUUUUCUUCGCCAGGAGUCUGCAAGGAGUCGGAUCGGCCUUCGCGGACACCUCAGGGCUGGCUAUGAUAGCAGAUCGCUUUACGGAGGAAAACGAGCGUUCGAAAGCCCUGGGCAUCGCCUUAGCCUUCAUCAGCUUCGGUUGCCUAGUGGCGCCACCUUUCGGCGGCGCGCUCUACCAGUUCGCCGGCAAGGAGAUGCCGUUCCUCAUCCUGGCCUUCAUCUCGUUGAUGGAUGGCUUCAUGCUGUUGCUGGUGAUGAAGCCCAUCAAGGAGCAAAUGAAGGAAUCGCAGAUGGCCAGGCCGCCUUCGGUGCCCAUCUGGAAGCUAUUCAUGGACAAGUACAUCGCCGUCUGCGCGGGCGCGCUCAUGAUGUCCAACGUCGCGCUCGCCUUUCUAGAACCCACCAUUACGUUGUGGAUGGAGGACAAUAUCACCAAAGAAAACUGGAAGGUGGGCAUCAUCUGGCUGCCAGCGUUUUUCCCCCACGUCUUCGGCGUCAUAAUCACCGUAAAGAUGGCCAAAAAGUACCCCCAGUAUCAAUGGAUCAUGGCGGCAGGCGGUUUGGCACUGGAGGGUCUCUGCUGUUUCAUCAUCCCUUUCGCCAAUUCGUACAUCUUCCUGAUGGUCCCUAUCUGCGGCAUCUGCUUCGGAAUCGCGCUCAUCGACACGGCGCUUUUACCCACCUUGGGAUACCUGGUGGACGUACGCUACGUGUCCGUCUACGGCAGCAUCUACGCCAUCGCAGACAUAUCGUACUCCGUGGCUUACGCCGUGGGCCCCAUCAUCGCUGGAGGCGUCGUGGAAGCCAUAGGCUUCACGGCUCUCAACGUCGGUAUAGCCUUUAUGAACUUGGGUUACGCCCCAGUGCUGAUGUAUCUGCGGCACAUCUACGACUUCAAGCCCUUCGAGAACGAGGCUAACAUCUUGAUGGCAGAUCCACCUAACAAGGAGUACCAGACGUAUUCGAUGCAGGAACAGAAGCCUGUGAUGGGUGAUAUUCAGAACCAUUUGGAGUACAAGCAGCAGCAAGAGGAGACACAGUUGGGAAAUAACACCGGUGGAUACCAACAACAACAAGACAGUUACUACCAGCAGAGCGGAUACCAGGAGACAGAAUUCCAACAAGCGCCUCAGUCGCAACAGAGGCCUCAGGGAAGAGUGCUUCCUCAGCAGCCUCAAGCGGCGAACCCGUUCAGACCUCAAGCGCCAGCACCGGCACCGACUGGUGGCAAUCCAUUCCGGCAAGGGUUCUAAGUAGGUAAUGCCUUGCAUUAGGAAUGAGAGCUCUGGAUGCUUAUUCAAAGGGAAUGUUGAUCGUGAAGCUAAAUAUACCUCAAGUACUGGUAAUCAGUGUAAUAGCAGAAACAUUUUAUUGAUGCGACGCUGAGCAUUUCCAGUCCUUGAAUUGCCGGAACAAAGUAAUUGUUGAGUCAGUUCAAAUCAUCUGCUGGCAUCAUGACACUAGCUUGCAGUAUCUAUCUGUACUAUAAGCAAUUCUAAUAUUAUUAUUCGCUAAAUAGACUUGCAAUAUAACAUCAAACUCAUAGUGCAUACUUCUGUCAUCGACGACGAGUUAUUUUUGCCUCUGUACCGUACCAAUGUCGACACAGUUAUAGUAUGGUGAUUUCAUUAUACAAGUCUCUGUAAUAAUGAAGACUAGCCUUAUCGAUAUAAAUUUCAGUUAUGGGUAAACCUUAUAACGUAGAAAGCACUAAUAGGCCAAAUAAUUGAAUAGUAUAGAAAGUAUGCGAUUCUCUUCCAUGUGGGUAUGGUGAAAAGUGAAUACACGCUGACUGGGCUACAAUAGGGUCGUCUCCCUGAAGCACCUAUCGACACCCCACAACUAUCGUUAGCAGAUAUGCCAAUUUCAUUUUCGAUGUGCAGUCAUUAAAAACUUCAGUAGACUAGUGCGUAGAUCCAGUGCUCCGAUUAGCCAGUUGGCAACGAUUGCCGUAAAAGCACGCCCCCGAUAAUCAAAAGGACAGGGCUGACCCAGCUCAGUGCAACCAAACUAUCCAUAGGCUUUUACAAACAUGCGCACAAUUUGAGCAAACAUCUAUGGUCAUUCGAAAGAAACAUUAUGUAUCACUCUAAUCAGUGAUAGAUUUUCGUAAACACCGCAUGGCCUGAGCACUCCAUACGGCUCUGGCAAGUCUGACCUCAACCCCCUAGCAAUAGUGUUUAUCUACAUCUACUGCACCUUGAAAAUAGAUUUGUAUAGCUCAUAGAACGUCGUGAAGCAGACGUGAGUGAGUUCAGAGCGAUGAUCUGGGGAUCAGGACCUAGAGGAUUAAUUCAAAUACUUUAUUUGCGAAUAUCUUCAAUUCUACGCAGACUGUUGAAGAUGGCAGAAGUUUCGAAAAAUAACUAGGUAUAAUCGGAACUGGUGAAUAACAAUCAUUCUCAAUCGUUUUGGAAGGAAAUAUCACAAUUCUCGUCGCUAGGUGUCCAAGCACAUUUUUGAAAAUUAUCUUCAAAUUCGUCUGUGUCCUUACUGGCGGCUUCUCUAUUCUCUCCGGCCCUCUCGGACACCUCGUAAGAGCAUAAACAAACAAAUAUUGUAGCCCAAUGUUCGACAUGACAAAAUCAUAAAGGAAUGGUCGGAUAUAAUUAGAAGACUUAGAGGUUCCUACAAGAAAACAGAGAUUUAUCUCUACAUUCGGUAAGUACAGUCAUCUCGCCUCCAAAUUACUGCUAUCGCUCAGCCAUACUCCAGUUUCCACAGCAGAUGGUGUACAUGGGCUAAUCAAACCUCUCAACAAUGUUUACCUCUACAAGUCCAACCGCAUAGCUGUUUGGAGAAAUUUCACAAACAGUCUUAGUUACCUUUGCAUCACUAUUAAUACACGAAAGUAUGGCAUCUAUUGUGCUGAAGUAGCUCAUUGAAGCAAACAUGUUUGAGUUGGUAAAGUGCGUUGAGGUUGUAUGAAGAUAAAAAUAAAUUUCUCAAAUUGAAGUCAUCUCACAACUUUACAGCCUCUCCCAUAUUCCAUCUUUCAACCUGCUCGGGAAGUGCAUUGGAUGGAUGCUUGAGAGCUGAGAACCACAGCCUGUCAGUAGUGCAGUAGUGAUGGGAAGGCCAAGCCUGGCGACUAAGCUACCUUUGACCAUUUUUGUCGACUCCUUAGUACCAACAAUCUACUACUCCUAAAGCCACCAACACGCAACACAACACCCAUGGCUCUUAAUUAACUCCCGCAGCGAAGAUUCGAAUCCGGUAGCCUAGGUUCGGUCUAGUAGUAGCUCGACGCUCUAAACACUUAGCUAACCAGGCCCCCUACAACAGCCUGGAGCGAGUGAGACCAACGAACCGUCCCUUUCCCGGAACUGUCUUUUUUGGACAUAUCUUCAAGUUGGGAGCUGUCUUUUCUUCUUUGUUCAGUCCAUUAUUCGAUCUUCUUGCCCUACAUCUCCCCUCCCCCAUAAACAUGGGGAUUAGGAGUUCGGGCUACUGCGGUGCUCAGCGUGUGAAGUCUUGCUGAUAUUUUGCUGUCGAGGACGGUGCCAACAAACGAAGCCACGGCAUUCCAGUUUGCUUGGGAGGGCAGCAUCAGCUGGACGAUGCUGUCCGGGCGAACCUUGGGCCACCAGCCGAUUAUGGCAGUUGUUACGUUCCAUCCAAAAAACGUGUGGAAUGCGUUAUCCGGAAUGCAACAGUGCUGACAUCUUCUGUGAAAUGAAAACCAUGGAAAUAGGACUCAAACAUCCGUACCCCGAGAGAAACUGCGUGAUAUAGAAGUCGACCUCCUCCCACUCUCUGGUCACCUACCGCUCCAUGUUCCUGAUGAAACGCCACGUCCAGCGACCCUUCUCAGUUGUCCCAAGCUUCUUGCCAUCGUUGGAGUAGCAGUUCCCAAGCAUCUGCUCUUUUCAUUCCGUUUCAACAGCCUAUUGUCAGUGUUGGUAGCAUCCCCAGUAGUGGCGGAAAUCCUUUCCAAAUGACUGGAUAAGCAUACUCCUCCUGUGACGUAUCUAAACUACGAAAUGAGCUAUUGGCCUUUGGUCUCGAGGUUUUACAUAUUUAGUCGAUCAUUCUGGGAUGUUCGAGGUAUCUAUGAUGUCGGUAUUAUUCUAUUCCUCUAACCUAUAGGAGUAAGUAGUAUCGAUUUAAGUCUGGAAUAGCUUUGCCCACUUCAAGUAUCCGAUUUUAGAGUUUAUCAAAGAUGAGAUCAGGCGGUGAACUGAAAUUACAAAGCAUCCGGAGCUUUAUUCGACAAUGCAAUUUAGACUGUAUAUUGUAUAUGUUAGUAAUUCUUCAAUAUUCUGCUGUGUAUUAAUGUAAAUAGCAUUAUCUACUCAUCGUUCCUCCUGCUGUACAUACAUAUCAAGAGAUGUAUUCUACUAUUACGAUAUAAGUACGCUAUGGCGUAGAUUAUUAGUCCCACAUAAUUAUUUGGGCGGCGGUUUUUGACUGAUUAAGGGUAUAAGCGGCCAUUAAAAGCACCUCAAAAACACUUUUAUCAGUUACAUCAAACGGGUGAUAUAGUAGUCAACACGGAACUCAGAUUAAUGAGAGGCUUACCCUCCUCCAUCUUAAGUCAAAUUAAUCAUACGAGCUGGAGAGCCAAGUAGCUCGGAUGGACAAAAUGUUGACUGUGAAAAUAAAUACGUUUAUCCUGAAGAUAUUUCAGUAUUUUGUGGUGCGGAUAUGCUGCUACGUCUGCUCUAUCUGAAAUAUGAAGUGGAGUUUUAUCGCAGCGUAUAUCUUCUUGAAGAAACAAAAGAUACUUCAUUAAUUGGUAAUCUAACCUACUUUGAAUAUUUGUUUUGUGGGGAGAUCAAAACUGUCGAAACUUUUUCUUGUGUUUUUAUUUUUACAAGGCGACCUUACACCCUUCGAGUCCACUGAUUUUGCCGCAUUUUGCUCUAUGCGUUGUUAGGGACUUGGUCGUUUAGUAUAGUC